CACUUUCAUGAUUCAACCCAAGAGAGGAAUUAAUGAAAUUAUUUUUUCUAUUGUUGUGAAAGACUCCACAAAAUUGGAUUACGAAACAAAUUCAGACAAACAAUUCACUGUUAAAGUGACGGCAACAGAUCUAUCUCAUUAUCCGCUUAAUUCAACCAUAUUUUGUACCAUAAAAUUGAUUGAUUUAAAUGACAAUAUCCCACAAUUCUCGCAAAGAAUAUACGAAGCGGUUAUACCCGAGAAUGCAGUUCCGGGCACUACUGUGGCCAGGAUUGAGGCCACGGAUGCCGACUCUGGAGAAUACGGUCACAUCCGCUAUACAUCUAUUAAUGGCCCGCUUUCUGACGAUUUACAAAUCAAUGCCGAGACGGGAAUUAUUACACUGAAGACCAACGAAAACAUAGACCGAGAGAUUAUAUCUGAAUAUCGGGUCACUGUUGAAGCGAGGGAUGAGUCGGGACGCGGCAACAAAAAUGUAACCGAAUUGCACAUCAAAAUAGGGGACAUCAACGACGAAGAGCCGGUGUUUCUGCAGCCCCGAUACGACGCCGUCCUAAACCCCGAUCGAUACACAUUUACACAACCAUUGUUUGUAAAGGCAGUGGACGGCGACGAAGUGGGAACUGCUAACAGCAAUGUU